AUGGAUUCUUUGAUUUUACCGGGCGAUAAAUUUCAUGUGGAAAGACAAGAAAACGUAGUGCUGGGUCCUGGAGCGUAUUGCGAUCCAAAGAGUCAAAAGCUGCAACCUGUAAAUGCAGGCAUUGAAGUCUCGAGAGAAUCCAAAAAAAACGUAUUCGUGCAUGUGGAAUUCAACUCCAAAAGAUAUAUUCCUGCGGUAGGCGAUUUGGUGGUGGGAUUGAUCACAGGAUCUUAUUCUGAUAGCUAUAAAGUUUCUUUGGAAAGCUUCUCAACACCCGUUACAUUAUCGUACAUGGCUUUCCCCAACGCCUCGAAAAAAAACCGUCCUACGCUAAAGGUCGGGGAUCUGGUAUAUGCCCGCGUCGCCAAGGCAGACAAAGAACUAGAGGCAGAAAUCGAAUGCGUGGAUUCGACAACGGGGAAGGAUGCAGGUUUUGGACUUUUAGAAGGUGGAAAUGUGGCCGAGGUCUCGUUGGCGUACAGCAGAGAGCUCGCCUUCAACUCUGAAUACGAGCUUUUGCCUUUGUUGGCGAAAACUGCCCAGUUCGAGGUGGCCAUUGGCAUAAAUGGAAAGGUGUGGAUAAAAUGUGACGAUGUUAGACACGCGCUUGCCUGCAAGUUGACUAUUGAAGAGUGUCAACAUCAUAAAUCAGCGGAACACAAGAGUAUAAUAGCAAAGAACUUCAAAAGUUUGCUGAAUUCGAAGGAUUAG